UGGUCCAUUGGUUCUGUCUCUGAAAAUGUGCAGCAAAAGCACCCUGCUUCAGUUUAGCCUCUAUAAUUACUUCAAUACCUUUUUCAACAGUGAAAUCUCAUUUCCUUUGGUUGAAAUUCCUGCUUCUACCAUCAUUGCAUCCAACCCCUUUCAUUAUUAUCCAUGUCCUUUGCAUCCAACAAGAUGUUCACUGUUCUGAACCAUAAUCAUCAAUGAGAUUUUUAUUGGCAUCUUAGAGUUCCCUUUUGAGAUUCCAAGAAGAAAAAGGUUUCCUUUUUUUUUUUUUUUUCUUGAAUAUUACAUCCCUUUCUCAUGUUAUCUACUGCAAAUGGUCUUGUGAUCACUUUUAUAAACAAUAUUCUUCUUUGAAGUGUCUGCUACCUUUUAUUUGUUAACUUUGUGAGAACAAUUAUGGCUGUUUCCAUUCUUAUACCAUCUGUUUGAUAUUAUUAAUUGGAUCACAUCACCAACCCACGUAACCAGCCUGAGGGACCAUUCUUUUUCCUUGUGGUGCGCUUCUGAUACUUAUCAUACUCGAUUACUGAGUGUUUUAAUGGGAUUUUGCAACUAGCACUGUUCAACCCUUUAAUCAGUCUCAUGUGUGUGCUUUAGUGCUUUUCUACAUUUCUCACAUGUGAACUUCGGUUCCCUUUAUAACUUAAUUUGUUCUUGUUCAAUGUUAUAAUUCCCAUGUAAGCUUUCUUGUGUUGUUGUAUCAGUUUUCUAUAUUCCUCACACAGGUCCAGCUUCUAUCUGUACUCUUGUUUUGUUCUGCAUCAUCAGUUCCAUUCCACCCUCAAUUACUCUCUUUCUUCUUCCCCUUUCCCUUUUGCAAUCAUUGUUGUUCUUGUUUUCAAUUAUUAUCUGCUUUCAUAUUGGUAAAGUUGUUACUUGUAAGAGUUUUCAAAUCUCUAGAGUUUUUAGCCUUUCCAAUCUUGUCAAUGGCUCCUACAUACUUUCCUCUUCGUUGGGAGAGCACUGGGGACCAGUGGUGGUACGCAUCACCAAUAGAUUGGGCUGCUGCAAAUGGCCACUAUGACUUGGUUCGUGAGCUUCUCAGAAUGGACAGUAACCACCUUUUCAAACUCACUUCCCUGCGCAGAAUCCGGCGGCUGGAAGUGGUGUGGGAUGAUGAAGAACAGUUCAAUGAUGUUGCAAAGUUUCGGAGCGAGGUAGCACAGAAGCUGCUUCUUGAAUGUGAGUCAAAGAAAGGGAAGAACUCUCUCAUCAGAGCUGGCUAUGGUGGAUGGCUAAUGUACACUGCUGCCUCAGCUGGGGACUUGGGUUUUGUGCAAGUCCUUCUUGAGAGGAACCCUUUGCUGGUUUUUGGUGAGGGAGAGUAUGGUAUUACUGACAUACUAUAUGCUGCUGCCAGGAGCAAGAAUUGUGAGGUUUUCAGGUUGCUAUUUGAUUUUGCUAUUUCACCAAGGUUUCUAUCUGGCAAAGGAGGGGUGGUGGUGGAGGAGCAUGUUGGGAACAUUCCUUCUGUCUAUAGGUGGGAAAUGACCAAUAGGGCUGUUCAUGCUGCUGCCAGAGGAGGAAAUCUGAAGAUUUUGGAGGAGCUUCUAGCCAAUUGCUCUGAUGUUUUGGCUUACAGAGAUGCUGAUGGAUCAACUGUUUUACAUGCAGCUGCAGGAAGAGGCCAAGUUGAGGUUGUUAAAUAUCUUAUAUCAUCCUUUGACAUGAUAAACUCCACAGACCAUCAGGGUAACACUUCUUUGCAUGUGGCUGCUUCCAGGGGCCAAUUAGCUACAGCUGAAGCUCUUGUCUCAGCAUUUCCCACACUGAUUACAAUGAUAAACAACUCUGGAGAAACUUUUCUCCAUAAGGCUGUGUCUGGUUUUCAAUCUCACGCAUUCAGAAGAUUGGACAAGCAGGUUGACCUUUUGAGAAACAUGCUGAGUGGGAAGAACUUUCAUGUAGGGGACAUCAUCAAUGACAAGAACAAUGAUGGAAGAACUGCUCUUCACAUGGCCAUCAUAGGCAACAUUCACACUGAUCUUGUGCAGCUCCUCAUGACUGCUCCCUCAAUAAAUGUGAAUAUCUCUGAUGUUGAUGGCAUGACCCCAUUAGAUUACCUUAGACAACACCCCAAAUCUGCAUCAUCAGAUAUACUAAUAAAAAAGUUGAUCUCAGCUGGUGGAAUGUUUGGUUGUCAAGGUCAUAGUUCAAGAAAAGCCAUAGCUUCACACUUGAGAAUGCAAAGCAUUGGAAGCAGUCCUGGGACAUCAUUCAGAGUCUCAGACACUGAAAUAUUUUUGUACACUGGCAUUGAGAAUUUGUCAGAUGCUACUGCUGAUCAUGGAAAUGGAGGAGUGAGUUCAUCUUCAUCAGAACACAUUCCAUAUGACCCGAAUGCUGUUGAAAAUCGCGUUUCAACAGCUAACAAAAGGCCUAGUUCUGUGAACUAUGCAGCAGCAAGGUUGAAGAGAGCUCUUCAGUGGUCUAGAGUGAAAGACAAGAAAUAUGAAGAGAAGUUCAAAAAGUCUACAGAUGAGGGUUCAGUGGACUCAGUCAGGAAAUGGAAUAACAGUUUUGAUGAAACUCCAACCCCACUUAGGCAAAGAUUUUCUAGACCAGUUUCACUGCCUAACAACAAAAGAACUCUUUCUGUCAGGAGUCAGCAGUCAAGUCCAAAUGCUAAGAAGAGGUUUGCUUCAGGACUAGUGCAUGGAGUGAUGCAAUCCAUGCCACAAGUAAAGGUUUCAGGAAGAUCCAGGUCUAGUUCCUUUUCAAAGUCAUCAAUAUCUUCACCUAGAUCAAUAGACAAGCAAAAGGGAAUUUACAUUGACAAUGACAUUUCUGGGCCAUCUAGCUUUAAUCAACCACCACCUGAGGAUGAUGAAUCACCAAAGUUGGUAAAGAGAACUUCAGUUGGUAGGAAGUUGAGGGGCCAUUACUUCUGCUUUGGUGCACCUGGCCUUAAUGUCAAAAACACAGUUCACAGGCGGCAAGAAAGCCAGAGUUACAAGGCUCAUGCUGUUGCUGUGGCUUAACUGGAUGAGCUUAUAUAGAUAAUUCCUGACCAGGCUAAUUCAACAAAUAAAGGGAAAAACUGCUUUAUCAACUUUAAACUUACCUGUUAAGGGUUGCUAGGGGUUCUAUAGUUGUAAGUUUUUAUAGAUAUAUUUUGUUACUUAAGGAAUAGCUCAUCAUCCUCAAGUCCACUUUGUUAAUUGAAAACUUAUGUGUUAAAAGUAUGUUUCUUAUCAUAUUGGCAUCAAAUUGCCUUAAUUUGGUGCCUAGUAAUGUAAGAAUUAGCUUUGCCAAUGUGUUAUUUAAUCCUUUUGGUCACUGCA